GGUGAAGGUCGCUUAUAUCCGGACAUAAGAUCUUUGAGAUAUCCAAAGCCAGGGACUCGGAAUCCAGUUGUCAGCUUGACUAUAGCGGAUUUUGCCGACAUUUCCAACGUUAAAAUGAAAAAAGUAAUACCGCCAUCUGUGAUAUCAAGUUCAGACUAUUAUUUUACCGCAGUGUCCUGGAUAAGCCUGACUGAAAUAUCCGUCGUGUGGUUAAACCGGCCGCAAAAUUUGUCCGUCGUGACAAUAUGCUCAAGUCCCAAAUGGGACUGCAAAGAGACUCAAAGAAUUACCGGCGAUGGACAAGGAUGGGUGGAUAUGGGAGAUAGUCCAGUUUUUGGAACAGAUAGUUCAAACUACAUUACGAUUGCACCAGUACGAGAUGGACCAGCAGGAACCUUCAGGCAUGCUGUAUCAGUAAAUAUUCCUAAAAAAAGGACAAUACCCCUUACGCAUGGACGAUUUGAGGUGCAAAGAAUAUUAACCUGGGACCAUUCGAAUGACGUUAUUUAUUUUUUGGGAGUGCCGGAAGGAAAACCUGGCGAACUCCAUCUUUACCGAGUAACAUCUGUACCACCUCGUACUGGCGCUACGUUACCUCCACCAGUUUGUAUAACAUGUAUCAGAGUACCUCUGCCUACUGCACCUCCUUAUAUCACGUUGAUGGACGAUAAUAUUUUCAAACUUAAAAAGAGUAACUGGGAAGAUGAUGAUGAAGAUACUGUGAUAACGACACCAGCGCCACGAAAAAAGAGAAAACAGAAGCUGAAAGAGGUUGAGAAAGACCCUCCUUGUUUAUAUCAUAAUGCAGUAUUCAGCUCAAAUUCGCAAUAUUUCGUCCUAGAAUGUUUAGGACCAGGAGUGCCAACAACAAGACUUUACAGAAGUAACAUGCCAAAACCAAAAUUAUUGAUGUGGUUACAAAAUAAUACCAGACUGAAAGAGAAAGUUGCCAAAAUGGCAAUGCCACAAAUCAAAACUUUUCCUGUACAAAUUUCAGGUGGUUAUCAAGCGCAUGUAAGAUUACAUCUUCCGCCUGGUUUGAGAGAAGACGAGAUAACGAGAUAUCCUUUAGUUGUGCAAGUGUAUGGAGGACCAGGAAGCCAAUUAGUUACCGAACGAUGGCGGGUGGAUUGGAAUACAUAUUUGACAGGAAACAAGGAUUUUAUACUAGCCCAAAUAGAUGGGAGAGGAUCCGGUGGACAAGGACAUCAGUUGCUGCAUAAAGUUUAUUACAAGUUAGGAUCGGUGGAGGUAGCCGAUCAACUGGAAGUUACAGAAUAUCUGAGGGAUACACAACAUUUUAUUGACCGAAGGCGCGUUGCAGUAUGGGGAUGGAGUUAUGGUGGAUUUGUGGCAUCUUUGGCUUUAGCCAGCCCCAAGAGCGUGUUUCAAUGCGCCAUUGCGGUUGCACCAGUUACAAAUUGGAAACUUUACGACUCGGCAUAUACGGAACGGUAUAUGGGAUUGCCUAACGUUACGGAAAACUACAAGGGCUACGACGAAGCCGACGUUAGUAAGAAAGCGAGUCAGCUCAAAGAUAAAAUGUUUUAUCUGGUUCAUGGUUCGGCGGACGACAAUGUGCACUUGCAGCAGAGUAUGGUCCUCGUAAAAGCUUUGUCCGAUUCCGAUACGCUUUUCAGACAACAGAUAUAUCCAGAUGAAAGUCACGGCCUUGGUGGUGUGAAAAAGCAUCUCUACCGAAGCAUGGGUCAAUUUCUAGAUGACUGCUUUAUAAAACAAGUCCCUCCUCAAUUUAAAGCUGGUCUUCGAGAUGAUACGGAUGAAGAGUAAUACACUAUCUAUGACUUUAUUUAAGUCGCAUACUUACGUCGAAUAUUCCAAUAAAGAGUAACAGCUGAGCUGCUGUUUCGAGAAAAGUGUGACAAAUGCAAAUAAAAUUUUAUUAGGUAAAGGAACAGAGUAGCUUCUGUUUGUAUGCAUGAUUCCGAUAAGUCAACUCAUUUUUCAAUAAAUAUUUCAAAGUUAUUUAGCGACUUAAGGGAACGUCUAGGUAUAUUGUCGAUAUAUAUUCCAAACGGUGCUGACCAAUACUAAAUAGUAUUAAAUGUAAAUAGUAUAAUAUUUUUUCCAAUUUAUUUGUUAACUAAAUAUCUAUAAAUAUCUACCUAAUUUCUUAAAUUUCUUGUAAUAAAAUUCAUUAGUUUCUAAAGGGUAUUGAAACGCAACGCAAAUGCGAUUGAAACACUGAAAAUUUGGUAUAUAUUUUGGCGUUGUAAAAUAUCAUUAUUAUAUUGUUAACUUUUUUAUACCAAAGUUUGUGGUUAUAAAAAGAAAUCCAGCAAUAAAAGAACAUGUUUCUUAAUCUCAGCUUUGAAAUGCAAAUAUUUAAAAAAACUAAAAUAGAUUGCUGGAUAGCUUUCAAUAAGAAUCUUGUAAAUAAUUAGGCGUUAAAAAAUGCGAACAAUCUAUUUGCUGGCGAAAAUUUUUCUAUGUGUCAGCAUCCCUUGAUAUUCACGAAUUAGGGAUGUAGUGAUCCAAGUGCCAAAUUUUACCAAAUACGUUCGGCGUUAUCGAACUUCAAUGUAAGAAUAAAUAAUUAGUGUUAUAUACCUUGAAUCAAACAAAUCGUAAUAAAAGACUAUUAGGUAGUAAAACCAUCAAACAAAUAAAGAAUUAUAUAAAUACAGAGUGCCCUAGAAGCGACGUAAUACUGGCAGCUUCAGAUUCACGUAAAAUGUGUAGAAAACAAACUUAGAUAUAUUUAGUUAAUGGCCAAUCCACCACAGGCAAAUCAAAUAACGAUUUGGUCACUAUUUUAUUGUUAACAUCUCAAAGUCAUGCUCACAUAUUAAUGAUGUGAAUGAUAACUUGAACCAGCGUAUCAGUUCCGAAACACUUUAUAGUCUUAUUUUGAGUAUAAUUAGAAUAAUACAAAGUAUUUCGCGCCCAUAGGAACACUCUCUACGAAUAACCUUUUUUUCCUUGCACACUGUUAAAAGGCAGUUUUUUUACAAGCCCUAUACCUUACCUCACAUCCGACACGUCUUCUACCUGUUACAUAGAUAAUAGAAAGUCGUGUUGAUUGCAUCGAAGAGCCAAAUAUUUUGUGCCUGACUCGGCUGGCAGUUGGAGUUUUGGAGAUUUUAGGCUUUGGAGAUUUUCAGGCUGCUGGUAUGGUGCUUACUGCAUGUCGAUAAGUAGUUCAGGUCUUUCUACUGAUAUAGGUAUGAACCUUUCUUCCUUUCUCAGACACGAAGCAUCUACCAUAUGGUUCACCUCCCAUCUGCUCAGUUCUUGCGCGAGGUUACCCUUCGUUAGUUCACAGAGUGGUUCUGAGCCUUACUUCAUCGCUGCUAUCAGGGUUGCUUCAUUUCUCGCAGCCAGUUGUUUCUUUUGGCUCUAAUUAUCGUUGGAGACUUGGAGAGUUCCAAUAUGCCCUUCCCAAAUUCAUCCACCUUGAUUUCGCCAAGAAUAGCCGCUGUGGCUUGUGAAAUAAUUUGUUCAGGUUCAGGUUCAGGUUCAGGUGCAUCCGAUGAAGAUAGGUGAAUUUCAUUAAGAAUGGGUGCUCUGGAAUCCAGCUCCCUUUUUUUUCGAAAACGGAAUUGAUUUGGCUGGAAUAUAAUUUUUCUUUACCACCAGAUCAUCUACAUAGACUAGGAUCUCUGAAUCCGGUUUUGAGAGCUGUAUUUCCUAUUUUUUUUUUUUUUUUAAAUAGAUUUUUAUUCGAAAUACUUCUGGAAGUUAAAGAUUAUUUGUAUAAUUUUUGAUAGUCUUAUUUUUUGAAUCAACAUAUUUUUGCCAAUCAACUGUUGCUUUAUUAUUAGAAAAAAUUGGAUUUUUAAAUUGCCCGCCAUUAUUUGUUCUGCGUUCUCGUUAGGUGAGAUCUGCUCCAGACACUUGUGUCUAUUAGGCGAUGGUCAAUUAAGGUACCCCCUUUUUUACAGAGGUGGAGUCGGGCAACAAAGAAUAACAAUGUAAAAAUAGUUAUGAAUAUAAAAAAGGUAUUUUCAACCAAACAUUACAUUAAUGGAUCGUAAUGCAUUCAAAGAGGAACUUCAACUACUUCCAGAAUAAAAUUACACUUUGUAACACAUUGUUCUGCAUGAUUCAGUAUCUCAUAAUAUAAGGAGCCAAUUGGGGUAAUAAGACAUUUAACAGUUUUGAUAUUUUUCUAUAACAUCUAAGUACCAACUUGUUCUAGGAUGGAACCAAACCACCGAACAAUGUGUUCAACGGCAAAAACCUCAUAAAAGAGUAAUAAAAUUACUAAUAUGAACUAUUAGGGUAUAUUAAAUAUUUAACUACACAAGCAAUGCUUACGUAAUAAUUUUAAUAAAAAUCAGUCAAUAUAAUAUGUAGGUACAGUAUCGUAUAAAAUAUACCAGAUCAACUUGUGGUAGAGUUGUGCAGCUUUUGCUUAAUCAAUCAGUCUGCUUUGAGGUAUGAGAAGUUUUGGUUACUUACUACUAGGGGUAUUCAAAAAAAAAGGAAUUUUGCAAAAUAUUCCAAAUCAGUGGCAUUUGGAAGACAAUGGUUAUACAGAACUGUUUGUAAAUGCCCUCUGAACCUACAAAGAUUUUUGUAUAAUUUCCAAAGAAUUGAAUAUCUACCAAUAUUUUCUAAACAAAUCACGUUAGCCGAUUUUGCCCUUGUUAUUUUAUCAAAAAAAUGAGCUCAAAAAAGCCCUUCCAGAUUUCCAAUGUCCCUGCUGGUUGGCGAUAUAAUAAAUAAACCCUUAAAACUUUGAAAAUAUGCCAUCCUGUACAGAAAUAAAUUGCCUUGGCUGAAACGGGCCAUUUGCCAAACGAUAAUUGAAAUUAUUUUAACUUCUUAGUUUGAAAACUAAGCAUACUUCUUUGAAGGGGCACUUAGUAGAUACUAUACAAUCAGUUUUGAUAGAGGAAUACAUAAUUACUGAAGUUUACCCGCUAUGAAUAUAAUUUUAACAAUGUGUAAAUUAUUAGAAAACAAAUUUUAAAAAAUAGAGAUGAAAAUCUAUUUGAAGGCCAUCAGAUAUUCUAAAAAAACUGAAAAAUUUUUCAUAAUCUGCUAUAAUUGAAGUUACAUAAAUGAAUAAAACUUUUAGUAGUAGGUUUUACUAGUUUUACGAUUUUAAAAUAAUUAGCCCAUGUAUUUUAACUGAACAUAUUAGAAGUCACGAUCCCAUUUUUGGCAGAAAAUCAACCGUUUAGCAACAAGACCUAAGUUUUUUUUUCUGUCAUAGGAGCUACAUAUCUCACGCGUACAUUUCUGUUCACAUAAUUUCAACCACAUAUUUUCUAUAUUCUAAACUGAAGAACAUUUAAGAAUCCUUUCAUAAAAAUACCCAUUUUUAAAAAGAAUCUAAAAACAACUUGUGAAUAAAAACCUAUUUGAAAUUAGAUUUGAAAUGACCAAUUGAUUUUUGCAACUAGGUUUAGCGUUUAUUAAAACAGAUAUAAUUAAGAAAGCAUAGACAUUCGUUUACUAGAAAUGAUUAAAAAUACAAUAGGACACCCAAUAUAAUAGUAUUGUAUUUAUUAGCGCAUUUAUAAAGUAGGUAACUCUAAAAAAUUCUAUAUAGGGUCAACAUAGCUGCUAGUUUUCAAGAAUUAUUGAUCCGGCCUAAGGUUUGUAAAAUUGACUAUUUAUAAUAGAAAUUUAUUCAUUUGAAGGUUUAGGCCUUGUCCGUAUCGUUGCUAAUAUGAAAAAUGUCUCUUCAAAAAUAAUAAUUAUUUAUCUAUGACCUACACUGUAAGAGCUUAUUAAGUAACUCAUUUUAGCCUGUUUGAGUUACGUAAUAAGUUGCAUUAUCGUGCUUAGUGAUGUAAUGAGCUCAUUACAUCACUCAGUGAUGUAAUGAACUCUCAUUACAUCACUCAGUGAAGUAAUGAGCUCUCAUUACAUCAAUCAGUGAUGUAAUGAGAGCUCAUUACGUAACUCGUUUUAUUGAAAAACAGCACUUUUUAAAAUUCAUUUAUCAAAAAUUAUAAAUAUAAUCCUUUGUGAAAAAUUAAAACCAUUUCGAAUAUAUGAAAAAAAUCUGGGUCGUACAUAAAAUGUUGUAUGUCACACGUACGGUAAUGCUUAUUACACCAUUCGUGUGAUUACCACGACUCGGUCUACGACCUCGUCUUGGCAAUAUUCCCCACUCGUUACUGUAAUGAAGCUCAUACCGUACUAGUAAUAUAAAUAACUAUUAUUAGACAAGUUAGAUAUGUUACAUAUAGGUACCUAAGUCACGGAGGAAAAUUUUUCACAGGUUCAUGUAGCAUCUCACGUGCCUGAUAUAAAGUUUUAUCCAACGCUUUCAUACUUUCAUGAAUCGCCUUUUUAAUAGUAAGUUAGGAAAAUAUCUUGACAAUGAGUUAUAAGCGGCUCAACUCACUAAGUGAAUUGAAAGCCACAUUAUUCAUUCAAAAUCAGAGUAGUUAUAAUGUCAGUGUUGGAUAAAUUACUUGUUCUAAUGAUUUUCGAAUUUACUUUGAUAAAGUAGUUUUCAUCGGCGCCUAAUGUUAAAAUUUGUGCAUGAAUAAGUUUAACACAUUUUUUUAAUAAGGUUUAGGUUAGUUGCCCUAUAGUCUAGAUGAAUUCAAAUACUAGCCGUGGGUGAAGUAUUAAACCACGUCAUACAUUUAGAUAAUUCCGCUAACGCGCAACAAAAUUAUUUUGUAAUUUAAACUCAUGUUGAAGGAUAUUCUAAAAAAAUUAUUCCCUAUACUUAUAGAUAUUGGACCAAUUCUAUUUUUCCAAUGCGGGUUUUUUAAAAUUUUUGCACGGUAUAAACUUGCACAGAAUAAAUUUUGAAAAGUUAUUAGUUGAAAUGAUAUUAUAGAGUGUAAAAUCUAGAAAAGGCUUCAUAUUUCAACAGCAAUAAUGUUCUUUCUAUCUCGUGUAUCCAUGUAAUUAUUAUUAUUUUUUUAAUCGUCAAAUACUGGUAAAGGUAAAGCAGAAAAAAUGUUAAAUAGUUCGUACAUUGUUCGUUUGGCAAAAAAACAAUUCAGUCUGAAGAGUAGGUAACCGUUCACCUGAAAUCGAUAUCUUUUUCCUCAAAAAGUUGAGAUAGGUAUAGUUUAACCAUUAUUAAUUGAAACUUCAUAAAAAAAGCGGCUCAGUUGAUCUCUUUGAAGUCACGUGGGAAUCCAUAGGCGUCUAAAUAUUAUUAUCAUGACAAAUGAAAACAAAUUGGUUAAUAAAGAAUAAACAUACUCCAGAUAUUUCUAUAAAAACUGAAAUGACGAACGCCAUUGCCCCGAAAUUCUAGCUGCUUUACCUCUAGAAUACAGUGGAGUUAAUGCAUUAAAUAAAUGGGCAAAAUUCAUAUAGUAGGUAAUCCUUAAAAUUCCGUUUUAAACUAUUGAAAUAAAUCAAAUAUAAAUAUUUGAAUGGGAAUAUUAUUCGUUUAUCAAAAAUUCAAAUUUGAAAUUGAUUUUUAUUCAAUUAUCUGUGUAAUUUUAUACUUUUGUCCACUUCUAAAGAGAAUAUCUCACACUGUCAACAAGAGCGGCACUGCUUUAUCAGCAAGCGAUAAAGCCCAGCGGCAUCGCCGACAAUUUUCAAGUUUUUUUGCCGGCCCGCUGUGUUUUUGUUAUAGUGUACCAGGACUAGGCAUAAAAAUAUAAAAAUUAUUUUAUAUCAUUAUAAGGGGUAUUUUUCUAAUUUUGAGUAGUCACCAUAGAGAUGUGAUUUUCAAUUGAUAAUGGUAAUACUUUAAGUGAAUUUUUUCGACCUCAUUGUACAAAAUAAAAGAAACAUUUCAAAUCUGCUACACCUUUACCAUAAUACCUACGUAUUUACCUAUUUUACUUUGUGUGUAUAUUGUGCAUUUAAAAAGGAACAGAGUAUUACUUAGAUACCUGAUUGAUCCUACCAGGGGUAAAGUGAGACAACUAUAGUGAGAUAAAUGUACCAUUGUUAAGUUUUGACUAAUAAACUGUUGUAUCCUUCACAGAUCAAAUAAUAAGAAAAAUAUCAAAUAUAAAAUUAGAGCAAAAAAUAAGUACUUACUUGAUUCUAAUAUUUUCGAAAAAGAAGAGAAUUAUGUAUAGAUAACUUGUAGGUAUAAUAAAAUAAAAACAGUUGUUAUUCAUAAAUCAUCCUCUUUUCCGUUAAAAAAAAAAAAAAAGCAGCAAUAUAAUAAUUAUACUUAAUGGUUAUCUAUUGAUUUACACUUUUUCCUACCUAACUAAUUUUAAUUUCUAUAACUGAAAAGAUAUUGUAAAUAAUUUCAUAAAUCAUUUAGUCUACUUUCAUUUUUCUUUAUUGAUAAAAUUAUUGCAUUUAAAAAAUUGUCAAAUACCUUAGGUUAAAAAUAAAAGAUUUGAAAACAAUUUGUGAGGUUAAUUUAUCUAUAAACCCCCUCCCCCUCACAGUAAUCUUUCUCUAUAUUUGAAUAUUAGCAUAAACUUAAUUUUAAAACAAUUAUUAAAAAUCACAGUAAAUAUCAAUUAUUAUCUAAAAUUUAAAAAAUGUUUCCAGCAUUUUCACAUUGUUUAUAUUAUUAUUAUUUUUUUUUUAAAAUUACCUACUCAAAAUAUUAUAGCAAUUGCGGUGAAUUUUCUCUUAUCCACGUGAUAUAUUUUUUGAUGUCAGUGUAGAUACUUGGAACUCCCACUGCUCCACAUUGGUCUGAUCCGAA